CCCGACUACAAGUACCGGCCCCGGCGCAAGCCCAAGAACCUGCUGAAAAAGGACAGGUAUGUCUUCCCUUUGCCUUACCUCGGGGAAACCGAUCCCUUAAAGGCUGCCGGGCUUCCCGUGGGGGCCACUGACUCGCUGCUGAGCUCCCCGGAGAAGGCCAGGGCUUUCCUGCCUCCCACCUCAGCACCUUACUCCUUACUUGACCCCAGCCAGUUCAGCUCCAGCGCCAUUCAGAAGAUGACUGAGGUUCCUCACACCUUAGCCACCAGCACCCUGCCCUACGCCUCCACCUUGGGAUACCAGAACGGGGCGUUCGGCAGCUUGAGCUGCCCCAGCCAACACACCCACACUCACCCCUCGCCAACUAACCCGGGCUAUGUCGUGCCGUGUAACUGUACCGCUUGGUCGGCUUCCAGUUUGCAACCUCCGGUUGCCUACAUAUUAUUCCCGGGCAUGACCAAGACUGGGAUAGACCCCUAUUCUUCAGCACACGCGACUGCCAUGUAACACCCACCCACCCGCACCCCACGGGCGUGUGCGUGCGCGUGUCCCCCGCCCCGGGUGGCGGCCGGAACUGGGAUUCCUUCGUGUGUGCAUGUACAUAAAACCUGCAGGAGCAAAAGGCCACCCGACCCAGGACUCUGCCGCCCGCCGCCGGGCCGGGACAGACGCGGACGCUGCCUCGGAGAUGCUCUCGCCUAAAACUCGCCCCGAGAGCUGGCCCCGGGCUCGGAGGGGGGGAUCUGCAAUCGCGGGGGCAGAUAGGAGCCCGGCACUUGUAAGAGUUGUAAAUGUGUUUAAAAACAAAAAAAGGAAAAGCGAAGCUUGAACUGCCCUUUCGGGACAAAGCGGGGGUGAAAAAGAGAAAAAGAAAAAAAAGAGAGAGAGAGAGAGGCGGUUUCGAUUUUUAUUUAUUCUCUUAAUGUCUAUGAGUUCUCCAGGGUCUCAUGUCACUUGGACUUGACUUUGGGAAGUCCCGGUCUUACUCUGAUUUUAUUUUUUUUCCCUUGUUGUUUUCCUUUUGCACAUUGAAAGACGAGAUCAGUUGUGUUAUAUAUAUAUAAAUAUAUAUAUAUUUUGCCACCACGCACUACUAGGUAAAAUUGCUUUUCAUGUCAGAAAAAGGCUCUUCAAAGUUAAAAAAGGAAAAAAAAAAGAAAAAAAGAGGGGGAGAAACAUUUAUAUUUAAAACAUAUGAUAGUGUUUGCUUAAUUUAAAACAGAUAGUCCUUAAAUUUGUGUGAUCCAGUGAGACUAGAUCUAAGUUUACUUUAGACAGAGCGUCAGGUAUGAAGUCAGGCAGUAGAAUUGUAAAAAAAUUAAUACUACUACUACUAAUAAUAAUAAUAAUAACGAAAAACCGAAUAAAAACGAUGGCAAUUUAAAUAAGUUUUCACAAUGUCUUGGGGGAAGAAGAAACAGAAACUAAGAUGUAUCCGGCAGGAUUUUACCUCGUUAAACCUUUUCAUUUGUUGAACAAAGACGUUUUGAAUAAAGACAAUCUGUCAUCAAA